AUAUCCCUUCGAAACAAUCGAACUUUUCGUUAUUUUUAUGUAAAGGUGCAAAAAAAAUUCUUAAUACACAUCUUGACUUAAGCAGGAAUAUGACUCUGCCAAUUCCAGAGAAUACCAAGGUUGGAUUUAUAUAUCGCACAGAAUAUCACUUAUUUUUGUGUAUUUAGGUUAUGGUUUUUCGAAAUGUAUAGACAGUUUCUAUCCACGGUGUUUACAUCUACUAUUUUUCCCAUUGUUUCGGCACUGAUUGCGAGUUACUGUAAAUGUCUAAUGUUUGUUUUAAGUUGGUUUAGCCCUAACUGGCUGUCAUGGAAUAAUUACUCUGAAGGAAUGCUGAGAACCGUCGAAAAAAAAAUUCUACAAAUUGUUUGCACUCCAUAUAGAAGUUUUUUCGUUGAUAUUGGACCAACUGUUGGACCUACAGAUAAAAUAUGGACAUUAAGUUUCAAUACAGAAUCAAAGAAAACCCCAAUUGUGUUAUUACAUGGAGUUGGGGCAGGUGUAGCUCUCUGGUGCAUGAAUAUAGAUCCAAUUGCAGCAACCAGACCUUUAUAUAUAUUUGAUAUGUUGGGCUUUGGCAGAUCUUCCCGCCCAAAUUUUAGUAAGAACUGUAUAGAAGCUGAAAAUGAAAUGGUUAAAUCUAUAGAAGAAUGGCGCAAAGAGAUGAAUUUGGACAAUUUUAUUCUACUUGGGCACAGUCUAGGUGGUUUUUUGGCAACAUCUUACUGCAUUUCCUACCCUAAUAAAGUCAAGCAUCUCAUUUUGUCUGAUCCAUGGGGAUUCCCUGAAAAACCUACAGAUAGCCCACAAGUGCCGUUUUGGAUAAAAACUGUGGGUCAGGUGGUACAAUAUUUUAAUCCCUUGGUUGGUUUAAGAAUGGCAGGACCCUUGGGGCCAUGGUUUAUCAAUUUUGUAAGGUCUGAUAUAUCUAAGAAAUAUUCAGACGUUCUAAGUGAUCCUAGUAUUAUUUCACAAUACAUCUAUCAGUGCAAUUCCCAACAUCCAAGUGGAGAAAGUGCCUUUCAUUCAAUGAUGUCUUCUUUUGGUUGGGCAAAAAAUCCAAUGGUUAGAAGGAUCAAUAAACUACCUAUCCAAAUUCCUGUAACUUUGUUAUAUGGCUCAAGAUCUUGGCUGGAUCAUUCUGCAACUGAUAUAAUAAAGUACAAACGAUCUGGAUCAUACUUUAGAUUGCAGAUUGUAACUGGAGCAGGUCAUCACAUUUAUGCAGACAAACCCGAGGCAUUCAAUCAAAUUGUUAUUGAUGCAUGUAAUUAUACAGACUCAACAUCAGAUACAUCAGAUGGCAGCAAUUAACAUCUCCAUUAAAUCCCACUAAGGAAAACUUGAUAAUACAUCUGACAGUGUUGACAAAUUCCUAUAAUUUUAUUACACCUUUGAGAAUACAAAUGUACUUAUUUAUACUGUUAUUGUUAAAGUUUUAUCUGGUUUUAAGAAUUUGUAAUAAUUGUAUACGGUGAUCAAAUAGCGUUUAAGGUGAUUUAUCUUGAAAACUACUCAUCAUGGUUAAAAAGAAGGCUCGAUGGGAAUACUUGCCAAAAUACAUUACCGUGUGCCCUUAUUUGGCCACACAAUACAUAAUCCAUUGUUAUGUUUGACACUACUUUAAAUAUUUAUUAAAACUCUAAGCCAAUGCAAGCUAGUUCUUGUGUAAUGUGACAAAUUAUUAUUUAUGUUUUAUUUUCAAAUAAACUGCGUUGCAUAUUUU